GGGCCUCGCCCGCCGCGGGACCGUUGAAUUUGAAACUGGAGGGCUGCCACGACUGGAUGUUGGAGGACGCCGAGUUCUGACCACCUCUGAGUAAAGCCAUGGAGGGUGAUGAGUGGGAACUGAGUAAAGAAAAUGUUCAGCCCUUGAGGCAAGGCCGGAUCAUGUCCACACUGCAGGAAGCAUUGGCACAGCAGGAUACUGCCAGUCAUACUGCUCUUCAUCAGCAAAAAAGAGCAUUUGAAUCUGAAAUUCGCUUUUAUACUGGAGAUGAUCCACUAGAUGUUUGGGUGAGAUACAUUAACUGGACAGAGCAGAACUUCCCUCAGGGUGGAAAGGAAAGUAAUAUGUCAACAUUAUUAGAAAGAGCUGUGGAAGCCCUUCAGGAGGAGAAACGAUAUUAUAAUGACCCCCGAUUUCUCAGUCUUUGGCUUAAAUUGGGACGUUUAUGCAAUGAACCUUUGGAUAUGUACAGUUACUUGCAUAGCCAAGGGAUUGGCAUUUCUCUCGCCCAGUUCUACAUUUCAUGGGCUGAAGAAUAUGAGGCCAGAGAAAACUAUAAGAAAGCAGAUUUGAUAUUCCAAGAAGGAUUUCAAUGCAAGGCUGAGCCACUGGACAAACUGCAGUCACAUCAUCGGCAGUUCCAGUUUCGUGUGUCUCGGCACACUCUGUUGGCACUUGAAAAAGAGGAGGAAGAGGAUGUCCCUGAGGCUUCCGGACCUCAGCGAAGCACCUUGGCUGAUCUGAAAAGCAAAGGGAAAAAAAUAGCAAAAGUUCCCAUUAACCGUGUAGGAGGUGCUCUUAAAGCUGCAAACCAGGGCCUAGGACUUCCAAAUCCAGUUAAUCAGCAGAUAUUAACUGGCUCCAAAUUUGCUGUUUUUGAUGAAAAUGCUGAUGGAGCCUCUAGAACAGAGCUGCCUAUGGUUACAGCAGAACCAUGGAAAGCACCACCUGUUCGUAGGGCCAAAGAGAAUGAGCUGCAGGCGGGACCUUGGACCAAAGCCCGACUUCGUAGUAAUCCAGCUUCUGUGGCCACUGUGCCAACUGCGCUACCAAAUUUUAUCCCAUAUGUGGAAGAGUCUGCACAACAACAAAUCAUGACUCCUUGUAAAAUUGAACCCAGCAUAAAUCAUAUCCUCAGUACUAGAAAACCUGGAAAGGAAGAAGAAGAUCCCCUGCAACGUGUACAAAGUCAUCAGCAGGAGUCUCAGGAGAAGAAAGAGAAGAUGAUGUGUUGUAAGGAGAAGAUUUAUGCUGGAGUUGGGGAAUUCUCCUUUGAGGAAAUCCGGGCUGAAGUUUUCUGGAAGAAAUUGAAGGAAAAAAGGGAAGCUGAGUUGCUGUCUGGGGCACAGAAAAGAGCAGAAAUGCGAAAACAGAUUGAGGAGAUGGAGAAGAUGCUAAAGGAAAUCCAGACAACCCAGCAAGAAAGGCUGUGUGAUCAGCCUGGAGAAAGUAUGCCAACAAGAGAGAUAGCAGCUGGAGGAUGUGCUUCCAGGCUUCCAGACGUGCCAGGAGAGGAGGUUCUUUUCAGGGAAACUUCACUUGUAGAAAACACUUGGAAGGAACUAUCUUCUAAGGGUCCUGUCAUACCAUUUUCCAUUUUUGACGAAUCUGUUCCUUCAGAAAACCAGAACAUCAGUCUUUCUGCAGAACCUCGAUGGGCAUCAGGCCAGAGAAGAGCCCUUGCUGUUCUAAAAUCUUCAGAAGACAUGACCUCAAAAGAAGAUCUUCCUCUGGAAGUUUGUGAUGAGUUCAUUGGAAUUGAGCCCUUGAGUGAAGAUGCCAUUAUCACAGGUUUUAGAAAUAUGCCUAUAUGUCCCAACCCAGAAGACACUUGCGACUUCGUUAGGGCAGCCCGCUUUGUAUCAACUCCUUUUCAUGGAAUAAUAACACAGAAGCACCCACUAUCUGCCAAUCCUGAGAGAAUUCUACAGGAAGAGCUACAGUUGAAGAGAACUUCUAUAAACCAGCAAACUGUUUGUGAGGUUACUUACAACCAAGCACUUGGCAUUAAGAAGUUGAGCCCAAUUGUGGAGAACAGUCAAGAAAACACCUGCUCCUCCGGGUUCUCAGGCUCUUCUGCCUCCUCAAUUACAAGUAUUUCCUCAACUAAAUACCUUCAGAUCCCUGAGAAACUGGAACUUACUAAUGAUGAGAGCAUCAUUCAUUCUUUGGAUAAUUCUUCUCUCUCACCCUGGUGCUUACAGCAGCGUAGGCAACUGCUAGACUCACUGCCAGAGUUAAGGGCCUCUCCAGAAUUCUAUUUAGAAGAGAGACCCAUGCCUGAAUUAGAAGUGGAAAAAGAGAUUGAGUUAGGUAAUGAGGAUUACUGCAUCAAACAGGAAAACCUAAUUGGUGAAGAUUACAGGAUAUUUUGGGUAGUUCCAGGUGACUCUGCAAAAUUAACUGCAAUAAAGGUGUAUUCUCAGCCUGUACCGUGGGAUUAUUAUAUCAUCCUCAAGUUAAGAGAGCGUCUGAAUGAAGAGUUUGAAUACAAUUUCAGUAAUGACUGCAGCUGUUAUCUAUACCAAGAUGGCUGUAUUAUUUUGCACCAGAAUAUAAACUGUUUCACGCUUUGGGAUCUUCUCCAGCACAGUGAAUCCAUUGACCCUGAAGUAGCAAUUUUGCUUAUUCACAAUCUCUUGGCAUUAGUGGAGAAGCUGCACAGAGCAGAAAUAGUCCAUGGAGAUUUGGGUCCUAGGAGUCUGAUACUGGGAAACAGGAUUAGUGAUGCCUGUGUCUGUAAUGAAAAUGACCAGGCUUUGAAGAUAGUGGACUUCUCCUACAGUGUAGACCUGAAGGCACAGCCAGAUGUUCCUACCCUACGUGGCUUUCGGACUGUCCAGAUCCUAGAAGGACAAAAAAUCAUUGCUAACUGUGUUUCUCCCUACCAAGUCGACUUGAUUGGUAUUGCCGAUUUAGCACAUUUACUGUUGUUUAAGGAACACUUACAAGUUACCUGGGAUGGUUCCCACUGGAAACUCCUCCAGAGCUUUUCCAAGCUAAGAGAUGUUGAUUUGUGGAGCAAGUUCUUUGGGCGGAUUCUAAAUGCCAGUGGUGAGUCCACCAUAGCUGUUCUGAGAGAGCUUAAAGAAGAAACAAGUAAGGUGUUUGAUGACUCUUUUCAAAGUCACCUGAACAAAGCUUUAUGGAAAAUGGGAAAAUUGAUCAGCUCAGGGGCUUUGCUUUCCCAACCUGGUGGACAGUCACUACGUCUCUCCUAUUCUUCUCCUUAGAGAUAAAGGUUGACUUUGCUGUGAAAGACAUGAACUGUAAUAUGAUUUACUUUAGGGCACAUUCUGCUGCACUGGUAACACUUUGGACCUUUAUUCUUUUUUUUUUU